GCGGGCGGGACCGCGCGGGCGGGCGUGGCGCUGACGUGGCGGCGACACCGGCACCAUGCGGGGCGGUAGUAGCGGCGGAGGCUCGGACACCAGGACUGGACAUCACAGACAGCAGAAGCUCAAGAAGUCCUUAGGAAAUAAAAAGUCUAAGCCAGCUGAGGAGGUGGAAGCUGCUGUGGUGGGAGUGAACAGUGACUCUGAGGACACAGCCACCACCAUCUCCCCGGCCUCCCCAGUGAACGGGAGCGCCGAGCCCAGGAGCAAGCGCACCAUUCGCAGGCCUGCGUACUGGCUGGAAAUGAGAGGGAUGAAAAACAGCGUGAGCAAAUCUUCAGAAAAAAAAGGAGAAGUACUGUUGAAAGGCAAGAGGAAAUCUGAGCAAAGGGAAGGCAAAGAUGUUAAAGACUCUCCCAAGAAGAAGCAGAAGAUUUCGGGGAAAAACCAACAAACUGGAACAAAACAAAACUCCAGAACGAAACACCACAGUGUUCGGAAAGAGCCAGAAACCUAUGACGCAGGUAGCAUGGAAGAGCAGUGGUCUCUAGAGAUUCAGGACAAAGGCCGAGUUACCUGUCCCACGUGCCGGGCUGUGGUGAGGAAGACUGUAGAAGGGCUGAAGAAACAUAUGCUGAAUUGCAGGAAGGAAAUGUUCACGUGUCAGCACUGCGGGAAGCAGCUGAAGUCUUCAGCAGGGAUGAAAUACCACGUCAUGGCAGACCAUAACAAUCAGCCAAUUAUGAAGGAGGGAGAAGAAGUGGAUGAGCAGCUUGAGCGAGAGCGCCUUCGGAAAGUUCUGAAACGAAUGGGAAAACUGAAGUGUGCAAGGGAGGGCUGCACAGGCAGCUUCACCAGCAUAAUGGGAUACCUGUAUCAUAUUAAAAAAUGUGGGAAGGCUGCUUCUGAGCUGGAGAAAAUGGCUAUGAAGUGCCAUCACUGUGGGAAAGCCUACAGAUCAAAGGCAGGACUUGUCUACCACCUGCGAUCGAAGCAUGGGCCAGUCACCUUCCUCCAUGAGGAGAGAACAGAGAACCUGAAAGAAAUGAAACGGGAGCAAAACAGCGCAGGCAGAGUGCAGAGGAGAUCUGCAAAGGUGGCAAUCUACUAUCUCCAUGAGCUGGCAGGAGAGGAGCUGGCCAAAGAGUGGCCCAAAAGAAAAGUUCUGCAGGACUUGAUUCCUGAUGACCGGAAGCUGAAAUACACUCGUCCUGGACUGCCCACAUUUAGUCAAGAUGUGCUGUGCAAAUGGAAAACGGAGAUAAAGAUGUACCGAAGAGUCCACUGCCCAAAUCAGGGUUGUGAAUCUGUGUAUGGCAGUGUCUCAGGACUCAAGUCUCACCUUGGCACAUGUACCUUGGGAGACUUUGUGGCUGGUAAAUACAAGUGUCUCCUGUGUGAGAAGGAGUUCACUUCAGAGAGUGGGGUCAAAUAUCACAUCAACUCUGUGCACGCUGAGGACUGGUUUGAUGUGAAUACCACAACCACCAAAAGCUUUCAGAAGCUAAUCAAAAUUCGCCAAAGGGAAGAGCAGAAGAAGCAGCGGAAGAAACGUCCUUUGAGCAGGGGCAGAAAGAAGAGAGCCAGCAGCCUGGCUGCCAAGAAGCUCCCUGCUGUUGGAGCUGAUAAAACGAGGAGUAAGAGAGGUCGCCCACCACGAGCACACAACGAGAGCACGGGCAGUGAGGAAGGGGCACCUCAAAUUGCACAGAAAGCUGAAGUUCCAAAAACCAGCCGCAAGCGAGGCCGAAGUAAAUCCCUAGAAGAUGAAAAGGAGUAAUCCUAAAGCUUUUCAGCUACAAGUCCCACUUCUGUCAGGCUCAUAACCCACAGCACUAAUAUAAGCAGCUGAAUGUCUUUGGGACUGUGACUCAGUUCUGCAGGGGACUUUGAUACUGAAACAUCUGGUCAGUUGUGAGGAGUUCAAGCCAAAGCUGCGGUGCAGAGGCUGCUUCUGCCAGUGGAGUUCCUUUAGACAGUGGCACUCACAGUGUGAUUCCUGCUCUGGUUGCAGCCUCAGUUUGGUCAUACUAGUUGCUUGUAUAGUGGUUUCCAGUACAGCAAGUGUCUGUUUUGUCAUCUUCCUCUGAUGUGUGAGAUCAGGGUUCUUUUUUACAGUUCUUCUCAAAAGGGACUGACUAGCACAAUGUUUGGGUCUCUUCAGCGGGGAAAUCCUUUCUUGCACAGAAUGCACCCACACUGAACAUGAGAACAGUGCUGUGCAGAAUGCAAAGACUGCCUUGCCCUGUCACUCUCCUGUCUGUUCUCAGCAAGGCUGCUACAAAAGAGACCUUCUCAGUGCUUGCUGUAUCCUGUUGCACAAAGCUCUAUUUCAUACCCCAGCAUUUCAGCUCAGCACCAGACAGCACCAGACUUGGAAGGGAUGGAAGGUCAUUAUUACCCUUGUCAGGAACCCACUGUUCCUCCUGCAUCUGUCUCCUGUAAUGUUGGACAUUAAACAUGUGUAGAAAGUCUUCCAGUGCUGCAAAAGCUGAAUGCUCUCAAGCCUUUGGAGAUUCACCAGCCUUUUAGAGACCUUGGUAUACCUGAUGUGCUGAGGUGGCCUUUGUGUGCCCAUUGAAGCUGUUCCAUGCUCACCUGAGAGACACACUGCAAUUCAGUGCAUCCCUCCAUGAGCAGCCUGCUGGUGCUGGGACCAGGCUCCACGAGGCUGCCUUGCCAGCAUGGGUUCCUUAUCAUGCCAGUGCUCCCACAGUGUCUUUUCCCCCUGCUCUGCAGAUACCCCUUCACUGUCUUACAUAACCAGUUUCUUUUCAACACUGACUCUCUGUGCAAAUGAGGCAUAAUAGCAGUGGCUUCCCUGUGUAGAAAAGGUUAAAAGAAGAGGGGUCACCAUUUUAAGUCAUGUUGUUGGCAUUGUCUCUGGACCAUAAGGAAUAAUAUCUUUCUGUCUCUAUAAAUCAUAGAAUGUGAAGGGAUUGGAAUGGACCUUAAAGAUCAAUUAGUGUCACCCCCUGAGCAGGGACACGUCUCACUAGAGCAGGUGGCUCCAGGCCUUACCCAGCCUGGCUUUGAGCAGUGCCAGGGCUGGGGCAUCCACAGCCUCCCUGGGCAGUGUCUGAAUGCAGCAGAUGUCACAGAAGCUGGCAGGAAGCAGCAGCACAGGCAGUCCUGGUUUUUAAAGAAUGAGUUCUCCAGACUCUGUCAUCCGAAGACACACCAUACCAGAAAAUUGCAGAAUUUGCACUGUGGGACAAAGUUGCCGGUGCUGACAUUGCCAGGGAAGGCCUGGCAGUGUGUGGGGAGCAGGCAGGUUUGUACCUGUGUGUCAGUACCAGCACAAUCCCAUUGUUCUGACAGCAGGGGAUAAUGCAGGGCCAAGGGGGUCUCCAGAGCUGCCUUUGGAACAGGUUCUGCUGCGUUUGCAGGUGCUGUGCUGAAAGCAGACGUGGAGACUGUGCAGGGGUGGAGAGUCUGCAGUGAGAUGGGCAAGAGCAGAAGACAACAAAAUAAAAUGUCACCAGUG